GGCUAUGGACCAGCUGAAAACGGAAAAGUGCCACACCGUUUGCACCAAUCCCAUAAUUUUAACAAUCGUUUUGAUGUUCUUUUGCUCUCAUAAAAUUUGCUUCACAAUAAUCGAUCGAUCGUUCAAUCAUCAAACAUGGCAAGUCGUCCCGAUUCCAAGCGCAAGAGAGAGGGUGGUGAUGUGGACCCCGAAUCCGUUGCGGAAGAGGCCUCCGAGCUACGCCAUGAUCAGCUGUUGGAGCUAGCGCAGAUGGGCAUCCGUCACUGUCCAAGAGUAUGUAAGCACGCAGCAAAGCUUCUAAAGAAACAAAGCAAUCGACGCUUGCAUUGUGUCCGAUGCCACGAAGACUACGACCCCAAUUAUGCCGGAAACAAAGACUGCAAGUUUGAUGUACAUGAUGAAUCAGAAGGAAUGAUAAACAUUGGUCGUGGGCCUGAUGGGGGCUUCGAUCGGUUCCAGUGGCCUGGCUGCGAAAAUAUUGAAGACGAGGAUGAGGAUCCCUGCUUUGAAGGUAGCCACAUUUCUGAUUGGAGCCAGGGUGGAGACUAUUGGAUGGAUGAGCACAUGGAAAAAGGCACCCCCUUGCCAGGCGAGAACGACGACGAUGAUGAUGAGAAUAAGCAUCAAUUGGAUUUGCCCCAAUCUGGGAAAGCGGCACUAUACAAAGGAAUGUAA